AUGAAAACCGGUCCAGCUAGCUUUGACGUUGGGCUAGUCCAGACGUUGGUUUACACCGUGAGGGCUGGUUUGUCUUAUUUGAUCAUGUUGGCUGUGUUGUCAUUCAAUGGAGGAGUCUUCUUGGCUGCAAUGGCUGGUUUUGGAUUAGGGUUCAUGAUUUUUGGAAGUAGGUCUUUUAAGGACACUGGGAGUAAUAACAAUCACACCGAUAUUCAGUCACAUUGUUGA